CAAAACUUUCAGAACAAGAUAAAACAGCCACUGGAGGAAUUACAAAAUGAUGCCACACAAUUGCAAGAAGCAAUGAUCAGUCUUAAGAAAGCUGAACAAAACACUAUUGAAACAACAGAAAGACCUUCAUAAAAUUGUGAAAAAGCGAACCAAGUACCUAAGUGAUCUAAUAGCCAGUACGAGACUGUUCUAUUAGAAGAGAUUGAUAGAAGACAUGCACAACAUCUGGACGACAUUCAUGAGAGGAGGAAAGAUCUUCAGAUGCAUCUAGCUGCAAUAGAUGGGGUCAACGACUUUACUGAGAAACUUUUAUCUUACGGUUCUUUCGAGGAAAAAGUCCUAAUGAGAAAGAAAGUAGGAAAACGUGUAAGAGAGCUUUGUGAGGAACCUUUAUUUACAGACUCAAUGGCUCCACAGAAAAUAAAGUUGAUUGAGCCGAAUGUUGCCAUUGAAACAGUCUGUAACAUGUUUGGUGAACUGAAAACUAUUGAAGAGAAUGAAGAAACAGACAACAAGACAGACACUGAGCAAGUGAAUGUUGAUUCUGGUCAUGAAAGUGAGCCUCUAGAUAAUGCAGAAACUGAUGAAAUUUUAGUACCAAAUCAAGAUUACGAAGCGGAAAGUGAUCAGCUUGGUUCUACAACUGGAAGUGAUGUUAAAAUGCUGACACUUAGUAACAAUAGUGAAACACUUCGGAAUGUCAAAUUCAGUGAAGAGGUUGAAGAGGCUGAAUAUGAGGCUGAUAAUACUUUCACUUUAGAUAACCCAAAAAGGGAAAUAACUCUGCCACAUACAAUUCAGCAAGAGUGCCUCAAGGGGAUUGGGAUUAACAAAUACGGUGAUAUGAUAGUUGGAGCAUCUUCAGGAAAUUAUCAAAUUGUGUAUCUGCUAGAGAAGAGGGGCAUCAUUCGUGGUCAGGUACCAGUGCAAGCUGGAUGGACUAUUCAUUCUGUUGCAAGUGAUGGCAAAGUGGCAUUAACAGUUGCAAGGGGAGAUAAUAAGUACAAAAUCAGAGUUCUGAAAAACGAUGGUUCAGGGAAAAUUCUUGCCAAUAUGCAGAUUGAAAACUAUGGACUGAAUUUCGUUACCUCUGAUCAGUUGGGAAAUUUGAUUGUAGCAUCCAAUCGAUACUCACAUGUAACUAACUUUGGUAAAUUGACCUCAAAAGCAGGAGGUAACAUAAGUUUGUAUGACCAUCAGGGUGUGCUCAAGCGCAGAAUAACAAAUGAGGAUUAUCAAGAAUUGGGAAUGUACAUCCUUGAGAAACCUCACAGUAUCGCUGUGGAUAACAAAUUAGGAAACUUUUACGUCGCCGACCCUGGUAACCAUAAUGUUACUGGCUUUGAUAACACCGGUGAAUUGUUGUUUGAAUACGGAAAUACCGACGAGGAGGCAGAGAUCUAUGAUGGACCUGACCUUGUCUGUACCGAUAGUCAAGGUCAUGUUCUUGUAGCUGAUAAACGUAUGGGAAAAAUAGACAUUCUUACUAACAAAGGUGAACUGAAGAAAUCUUUGUUCACAGAGGAUAUUAUCAAAUACAUUUCUGUGACUCCGGAUAAACUUCUUAUGGUAGCAACUGGGGAAGGCACUAUCAAGUUUUAUGAAUAUCUUAAUCAGUAAGUCUUAUGUAUGAAAGUGUGUUUGUUACAAAAAGAUGUUGUUUUUUUUUUAAAGAUUUAGGGAACUGGAUAAAUGUGGAUUAGAAUGCCAACAUGGAUAUGGGAAAAGUUAGGUAGUCAGUAGUGUUUAAAAUUAGUUUUUCUUAAAUAUAAAAUUGUACAUGGACUUGACCGGGCAGUUUCUUAACUGUUUUAAAUAUGGAUAUUGUACACUGUUCGAUUGAGCAAAAGGAGGAAAGAUACUGAUAUUGUAUGUAAAAUAAUUAUUAUCCUUAGUUACUAAAAUGUGAUUUUUAUUGGAUAUUGAGCAAAAUUUAUUUCAGUUUCGAUUUUAAUGGAUAUUGUGCGAAAUUUAUUUCAAUUUCAAGUGUUUUUCGAGAUUAGCAUAAGCACAUACUGUCAGUAAAAUCAAAUAAGUGAUAGUUUAUCUCAUAAUUCUUAAAACACUUACAGCUAAAAUAUACAGGUCAAGUAGUGGAACAUGUUGAAAUACACUUGAUAAGAAUUAUUUUUCAUACCAAAGCAAAAUUUCUCUAUGUAAUCCAGUGUUUUUUCCCCUUUUAAAGUUUGCCGAAUUUGAAAACAUAUUUGUUGAAAGAUAUGGUAUAUCCAAGCAGAAAAAAAACGCAAUUCAUGACAGCAGUAUAUGAGAAUUUUCAAUAAUUUCUGAUGUUUUGGGGGGAAUAAAAUUGUGAUUUUUAUCAAUUGGGAAAUGGUUCAAAUAAAAGACCAAUCUCCUGAAGGAAGAAAAUCAGUUGUUUUAAGCCAUUUAUUUGAACAUAGUUGUAUACUUUUUUCAAGAAUUAACUUAGCAACAGUGCCACACUGAAUUUGUUUAAGAACAAGGGUAAAUCUAAAUGCCUACCUAUAGUGGGGGCACAAAAAUUUCAUCCAUCUGUAUCUUUUAGGGAAACAAAAUGUAAAACUUCUUGACAACAUCGCAGCAAUUGCUUCAAUCUAAUAAAAAUCCCAGUAUCUUCAAAGGGCAUAAAAUCAAGAGCCUAAUUGAACCACAUAAAACUUAAUUGCUCUUUAUCAUGUUUACAGAUUGACAUUUUAUGCUUUGAUUUGUUUUAGCAGUUGAUAUAAUUAUCACCGAGCAUAGAGGACAAACUCAUUUUAAUGUUUAUCAAUUGUCUCCCACUUUUAAUGUUCCAGGUAUAAUCUAGCUUUGAUUGGUUUUGACACAAAUUCUAACACAUUUUUUUUUAAUUUGAUCAAAUCAGUCAGUCCACUUAACCUUACCAGCUUUCCUGGAUUAUUAAUUUUCUCCGCCAGUGACCCACUUCUUAUCAAACAUGAGUCUGGAUCAAAGAUGAAAAACAGUUGUCAGUGAGUGUUGGAAAAAAUGUGUGACAGUCAAUUGUCACAGAGAAAUUUCACCUUCUCUGAAUACCAAACUAAAGGACCCCUGGAGUUAUAAAUCUGAUGCUAAGUCACCGGAUGAUUUGGUUUUUACAAUUUCUUUUAAUGGGCUAAUAAAAUAAGCUUGCAAUCCUUCCAUCAAAAGUUGGAUGUUAUACUAAUGUAAAUCAAUAUACUCAUUAUGUACAAUUUACAGGAGUGUUCCCUUUAAACACUAGUUAUAUAAUCCUGCAUUGUUAGAUUACCUGAUACAAUUCACUCUUUUCAAUCCAUCCAUAAUGAAAUUACAUUUAUGUUUUCUUGUUUGUCUGCUUUAAUUGGAUUUGUUCGCUAGAUUAAUGGGCCAAUAUUGCCAAUUGGAAAUUUUUACAUUGUGUAGAAUUACAUAUCAAUCUUUUUUUUCUAUCUUUGCCUUUAUGUUUACAAGUUUUACAGCAUCAGCUUCAUAAAGCUUCAUCAAAUCAUUUAAAAAGUGGGGCAUUUAUAUUGGACAGUUAGGCAAAUCAUUUGAAGUGGGGCGUUUAUAAGGGGCAAUUAGGCAAAUCAUUAUAUUUUGGGUGUUUAUAAGGGACAAUUAGGCAAAUCAUUUUAAUUGGGGAGUUUAUAAGGGACAAUUAGGCAAAUCAUUUGAAGUGGGGCGUUUAUAAGGGGCAAUUAGGCAAAUCAUUUGAAGUGGGGCGUUUAUAAGGGGCAAUUAGGCAAAUCAUUUGAAGUGGGGCGUUUAUAAGGGACAAUUAGGCAAAUCAUUUGAAGUGGGGCGUUUAUAAGGGGCAAUUUAGCACAUGCUAUAUAUUUCAUUAGUCAUUUCAUUUCGCUACUUUUGUUAUUCUUGUUUUGCAUUUAGCACUAUGUAAUAUUCAUAAUGUUUUAAUUAGAUAUAAGAGCUUUCUAAACAUUGAAAUACUAAAAUAUUCAUUACAACUAGAGUUCCAAACUUCACUUUUAUUAAAUCAAUUUUGACACAAGCUUUCAGUAUAUGAAUUCAGUUUGUUACAGUGUAUUUAAGGUGUGUGAAAAUUAUUGGUUAAAUAUUAGUCAUUCUUGUAUAAUAUCCAAUAACCCUUACAAAAUUUAAUGUCAAAAUCUUAAAUUGCCUGGUCCAUCUUUCAAUCUGGACAAAACCUUUAAGUGUUGGGAAAAAUUUCAAAAUAUAUACUAAAUGAACAGUGAACUAUGCAGGCCAUGAUCAAACAGCAGGGAUGUGCCGACUGAUUUUGGUCUACACUGGUUGCAUAGGUAAAAUAUGUUGCUGCCAGCUGGGUUAGAGUUAAAAUGAUAAAAUAUAUGAACAUUUCAAUCCCUAUCAGAUGCAACAUUAAGCAAAUUAUUUAGUUUUUAUUCACUUUCUUUAAAUAACUACAGUUUAUUUCAAGCAAAAGUCUUAUUACAACUUCUUCAAGCAACUCUGUUUAUUUUCAGCCAGUAUCAUAAC